GAUGUCGACUGUCGCUUUAAGACGUUGUUGCAUGGAGAAGCUAGUGAUUUUCCACUCAAACUGAUAUUAAAGAGCUCCACGCAGCGUCAUGGUCACGCGGGAAAAUUGGCUUAAUUUUUUCAAUCAAUGCUGAACGUGAUUGACGAGGAACUAGCAGCCCCACGGACAGCAUGGCCCAAAAAGAGAAGCUUCAAUGCCUGAAGGACUUCCACAAGGACACACUGAAGCCCUCGCCGGGGAAAAGCCCAGGCACGCGGCCCGAAGACGAGGCCGAAGGCAAGGCCCCCCAGAGGGAGAAGUGGGCCAGCAAGCUCGACUUUGUCCUGUCUGUGGCCGGGGGCUUCGUCGGAUUAGGAAACGUCUGGCGAUUCCCGUACCUUUGUUAUAAGAACGGUGGAGGUGCAUUCCUCAUCCCUUACUUCAUCUUCCUGUUUGGGGGUGGCCUGCCUGUCUUUUUCCUGGAAGUGGCACUGGGCCAGUACACCUCUGAAGGCGGGAUCACCUGCUGGGCCAAACUCUGCCCCAUCUUCACCGGUAUUGGCUAUGCCUCAAUUGUGAUCGUGUCCCUGUUGAAUAUCUACUACAUAGUGAUCUUGGCCUGGGGACUCUACUACCUAUUUCAGUGCUUCCAGCCUGAGCUCCCUUGGGCCAAGUGCAAGCAGCCCUGGAACACAGAACACUGUGUGGAGGACACUGUCCGAAGGAACAAGACCCUUUGGCUGGCUGCCAAUGUUACCAACUUUACCUCUCCUGUGACUGAGUUCUGGGAACGCAACGUCCUGAGCAUCUCCUCUGGGAUUGAAGACAUCGGGCCCCUGAAAUGGGACCUGGCCCUGUGUCUGUUAGCCGUGUGGGUUAUCUGCUUCUUCUGCAUCUGGAAGGGAGUCAAGUCCACUGGAAAAGUCGUAUACAUAACAGCAACUUUCCCAUUCGUGAUGCUGAUUGUGCUGCUGGUGCGUGGAGUCACCCUGCCUGGGGCAUCAGAGGGCAUCAAAUUCUACCUUUAUCCUAACCUGACUCGCCUGCAGGACCCAGAGGUAUGGAUUGACGCAGGAACCCAAAUUUUCUUCUCAUACGCCAUUUGCCUGGGUGCCAUGACAUCACUGGGGAGCUACAACAAAUACAAAUACAAUUGCUACAGGGACUGUUUGCUGCUGGGAGGCCUCAACAGCGGUACCAGCUUUGUGUCUGGCUUCGCAAUAUUUUCCGUCCUGGGCUUCAUGGCACAAGAACAAGGGGUGGACAUUGCCGAUGUGGCAGAGUCAGGUCCUGGAUUGGCCUUCAUUGCGUACCCUAAAGCGGUGUCGAUGAUGCCGCUGCCAACCUUCUGGGCCAUCCUCUUCUUUAUCAUGCUGCUGCUCCUGGGUCUUGACAGCCAGUUUGUUGAAGUGGAAGGACAGAUCACGUCCAUAGUGGAUCUGUAUCCGGCCCUCCUGAGGAAGGGCUACAGGCGGGAGAUCUUUAUAGCCAUCAUGUGUUUCAUGAGCUAUCUCCUCGGACUCGCCAUGGUAACUAAAGGUGGCAUGUACGUGUUUCAGCUCUUUGACUACUAUGCAGCCAGCGGUGUGUGCCUUUUGUGGGUUGCAUUCUUUGAAUGCAUUGCUGUAGCCUGGGUUUAUGGAGUUGAUAAUUUCUAUGAUGGAGUCGAGGAUAUGAUCGGGUACCGGCCAAACCCGUGGAUGAAAUGGAGCUGGACCAUCAUCACGCCGGUUCUCUGCAUGGGCUGCUUUGUCUUCUCCCUGGUCAAGUACAAACCUCUGACCUACAACAAAGUGUAUGAGUACCCUGACUGGGCCAUCGGACUGGGCUGGUGUUUGGCCUUGGCCUCCAUGAUCUGCAUCCCCAUGGUGAUGGUCAUCAAGAUCUUACAGUCUGAGGGACCCCUCAUUGAAAGGAUCAAAGCCGUGGCGGCCCCGGCCAAGUCAGGCGUGAGCUCUCGGCCCAAAGAGUACAUUGCCAAGGACAGCGAGCUGACGCAGCCCCUGGAUCCCAACGGGAACAACGGCUUGAUCAAGCCCACCCACACCAUUGUAGAAACGACCAUGUGAACGCUCUCUAUGAGAGGAAUACGAUUGAUGUGCUUUGUGUUCUCGCUAACGUUAAUAGGUUUACAUUGACCUGCAUAUUCACCUUUAGAGAUCCUGUGGUUUCAUUUCUAUGAGAACAAUUAUAUAUUCAUGUCAUUGAUUUUUUUUUUUUUGUUUUUUUUUACCAUAUCAAUAUUGUUAAUGUUGCAACUGUUGUUGUUGUAGUUGGCACUGAUCUUAAGCUGUAUUAUGACAUAGAACAUAUUAUAUGUUUACUACCUUUCUUCUUGUUGAUUCCGGAGAGAUUAUGAAUUUUGGUUGAACAAAAAUGAACGAUAAAAUUCUUGCUUCUCUUAAAUUCAAACAUAACUUGUUAAAAAGGUAGCUAACUCGUGAACAAUCUGCUAUGUUACUGGUUCUAAGUCAUCUUCACCUCAAGAGAAAGACUUCCAUCUGUUAAUGUUGAUACUAUAUAUCCAUAUAUAUAUUUUAAUACACAGCAUGUAGACUUGCUUGACCUUGCUUUGACAUUUAAGGCACUGGCCAAAUUGAACAAUAAAUGCAUUUACACGAAGGGUCAUCUUCAAGAACAAAUAUAAAUCAUCACAAUACAGGGAAAGAUUGUGCAGUGAAAAGGGAAGCGGCACUUUAGAGUCUUUGUACCCUGCCUGUGUGACUGAAAGUCAGUCUUAGUGCAUUUUUUUUGCAGACCUCUCUUUGCACUUUAUUGCUGUUUCACUGUUAUUGUAGUGUUUGUUUUUAUUGUCGCCAGGUGUUGCUUUAGAAUCCGCAGCACAUUUCAGCAGAAAAUAUGUGACUUUUUGACAUCAUUCAUCUUAGACGGUGUCUCCAAAGGCACAAAAUAAAGACGGAAUCUCAAUUAAUUACACCCUGAGAGCUCUCAUGUACUCAUUUUGUGCUUGUUUCAAAUUGUUAACAUUGACUUUAUCAAGUUGUACAGUAGAAUAGCGGUCGUUGUAAAUCACAUAUGCCUUUUGUAACAAUUUUGUACCGUAUUUCAUUCAAACACCAUGACUGGUUUCGUGACAAGUCAGAAAUGUUCAUUUACAUCGUGCAAUAUUCAAUGGAGGAAUUGCAACUUUUGAAUGUUUAUUGUAGAUUAAUCUGAAUUCAAUGCAGUAAAUUAAUGAAAUGAAAUGCAACAAUGUAUUCACAAAGGCAACAACUCCAAAACAUAAUUGCUGGAUCCACCACAGCUUCGUCCAUUAAAAAUCUAAAUGUACCAAAGUAUAUUUGUCACACAUUUGUAUCUUUUUAGAUGUACAUGGCAUAAUUUCCAUAUAGAGUACAAAUAAACCGUUUUUUCUUUGGA